AUGUAUCAAAUCUUUAUCAGCGGAUAUCGUUUGGCUAACGUAUCGCAUGGAAAGCCAUAUUAUGUUUAUAGUAUCGAAGUCAUUCUACCCAAUAGCGGAAUGAGACAUUUGAUUGAAAAGAGAUACAGUGAAUUUAAUGCAUUGCAUAGAAUGUUAAAGAAGGAAUGCGAUACGGUUCCGUUUCCACCUAAAAGAGUCAGAAAUUCUCAACCAAAGGUAUUGGAACAGCGAAGAGCAGCUUUGGAGUUAUAUAUGCAAAAAAUGUUGCGAUUAUCUAAUACCAAACAGCAGGUUCUUAACUUCUUAGGAAUUGAAGGUCGUGUAUCGGCAGGGUCUUAUAAAAGGAUGGGUAGCGAAAUUAGCAACGGCGACAUCGCUCAAAGCUGUCCUACUACUAUUGGUCAUCAUCCUGUUAUAACGUUCCAGAGCGAUCCCUAUGUUCACGUUGACAAGACCACGAGUCUUCCAGACAUAGUAACUAAUGGAGUUCUUCUCGGUGUGUACAAAUCUUAAUAAUUUUUUGUGACCAAAAGAAUUGUCAGGCUAUAACACUUUCGGACACUCUAAUUAGAAUGCCUAUCUGACUUUGGUUUACAAAGCUCCAUCAAUUUUCAAAGUGCAUUAAAUAUCUAGUUGUAAAUAUUAUUAGAAAAUAUUCCAUGACUUAUAAAUUAUUAGUAUUUACAAUAGGCGUCAUUAGGUCCUAGUUAAUCACUGUACUAACAAAUUGUCCCAACUGAUGGAUUAAUUGUCUGUUAAUUUUGGGUGUAUGAGGUAUGUGUUUCGAUGCAGUUUAGUUCAAAUUUUUCAAUCACAACAGUCAGUGUUUGCAUAAACUUAAGGUAUAAGUUAUAUAAAAUAUUUAUAAUUGCUAAUAAAAAUUUGGGAAAUGUAUGAUAAAAACUUUGUUAAUUAUAUUUGAUACAAUAAAGCGUAAAUAAAAGGUGAUAUACUGA